AUGGCCAAUGGGUGCCAGAAUGCCCACCAGGAUGGCCAAUGGGUCCAGGAUGGCCACCAGGAUAACCACCAGGUGCCGGGAUGGCCACCAGGUGCCAAGAUGGCCACCAGGAUGGCCACUGGGUACCAGAAGGACCACCAGGAUGGCCAAUGGGUCCAGGAUGGCCACCAGGAUAACCACCAGGUGCCGGGAUGGCCACCAGGUGCCAAGAUGGCCACCAGGAUGGCCACUGGGUACCAGAAGGACCACCAGGAUGGCCAAUGGGUCCAGGAUGGCCACCAGGAUAACCACCAGGUGCCGGGAUGGCCACCAGGUGCCAAGAUGGCCACCAGGAUGGCCACUGGGUACCAGAAGGACCACCAGGAUGGCCAAUGGGUCCAGGAUGGCCACCAGGUGCCAGGAUGGCCACCGGGAGCCAGGAUGACCACCAGGAUGGCACACAAGUGCCAGGAUGGCCACUGGGUCCAGAGUAGCCACCAGGUGACGGGGCGACGGCUGUGGAAGAACGUCUACGACGAGUUGGGGGGCAGCCCUGGCAGCACCAGCGCCGCCACCUGCACCCGGCGCCACUACGAGAGGAUGGAGGAUGUGGGGGACCCCAGCACAAAGAUGUGGGGGACCCCAGCACUGGGGGACAGGGGACACAUCAGUGCAGAGGACUUGGGGGACCCCAGCAUCCACACCCCAACUCCCCUUUGCUCUCAGGUGCCUCCAGAGAAGGCGAAGCCGGAGGCGGCACCCAGCACAGAAGACACGAGGGACACCCCGGAGCGGGGCCGGGGGGCAGAGGGAUGUCCCAGCCCCACGGCGCCGACCCCCAGCCCCGCCAGGGAGUGCCCCAGCCCCUGCCGGACCCACAGCGAAACCUACAAGCGCCUUUUCUCCAACUUCUACUCCAAAGGCAACCACCCCAUCAUGUCCCCGCUGGCCAAGAAGAAGCUGCUGGCCCAGGUGAGCAAGGCCGAGGCCUUGCACUGCCACAAACGCCACUGCCCCCAGGGCCAGCCCUCGACGAGCGACGCUGGCCCCCGUUCCAGCCCCGAGCCCCCCCGGUUGGCCACCGGCCCCCACCUGGAUGAGGAGAGAAGCCCGGAGCCACCGGGAGCUCGGGAUUCAGCUCCGAGUGUGGGGAGCGAGGUGGGACCCACAGCCAUGGGGAGGGACAGCCCACGGGCCGAGGAAGGGGGUCCGGGGGCCACCGUCUUCACCGGCUGCUUCCACGCCUACCACCACGAGGUGCUGAAGCCCGUGGGCUGCCACCCCCUCUGGGGGUAUUUCUCCAGCUUGAAGGAUUUUUUGGAACCACCUGCCACCUUCCCGGGGCGACCCGAGGAGCCGGAGCAACCCCAAGACCUGCGGAGCAAAGGGGGGCAGUCGUGGAGCGGGGAGAGGCGGCGAGGGGACGCCUGUGCCACCGUCAAAGCCUGCUGGGUGGCCCCCGGGGCUACCUUCAGCCCCGCUGUGGCCAGGGGCAAGCGUGGCCGGGAAGAGGAGGAAGGGGCUUUCGGCCCCGGUGCCAAGCUACGUGCCAUCUCCCCCUUCGAUGGCAGGGACCCGGGGGCCAGCUCGCCCCGUGGCCAACAAGGGCUGGCCAAACCCAAGGCGGUGGUGGCCAGCCCUGGCUACGCCGUGUCGUUGCCGCAAGCCCCGGACGUUUAUAAAGGAGCCAUGUUGCAUUUCCCGGCAAGUUUUGGCAACCCAUUGGAGCACCUCAAAACCCAGGGGGUGCCCGUGGCCCCCUCCCUCACCACCAACCCCUUCAUCAUCCCCGCUUUCCCUAGCCCUUUGGUAGCCACCUCCACACAACCUUCCGACCUGUGCCGGCCGCUGGCGACCGGCCCCGGCCACUACCCGGCCUCCUACGAGAGCUCGUUGCGGCACCGGCUCUACCCGGGGGGGACGUGGCACCCCCAGAACCCCUAUGGCACCCCACACGUGCCCACCUUCCACCGCCACGCCAAGCUGUAGCGCUCCCCUCCUGGAGAAGAAGCCCCUCAGGACGUCGUGGUGGCCAAAGUGGGCAACCAGGAGCACGUCAAGACCAUGAGGAGACAAUCUGGACCGUGCCCUUUUUAACUCUUGUUUGUAUCCGACAUGGUUACACUGGUGACUUAACUAUCAAUAUCAUAAGGUUAUAUAUAUAUAUAUUUUAUAUAUAUAUACAUACACGUUUAAAAAAAAAAAAAAAAAAAAUAAAAAAAA